GGCGAAAAGACUGACCAAGACCAACAUCGACGGACUCACAUGCCACUACCUUAGGCUAGAUGCUCAUGUCCACAUUCCCUCAUGGCUCUCGUCGAUUACUCCUCCGACGACUCGGAAGCCGAGACUGGUCCACCGCCAGCCAAGAGACGGCGAUCUCAAAUAGAUGGCGCCGAGCGCGUAAAUGAGGUUGAAUACGAGGCCACUAGUGUGCAAGAGGUGAAGGUUGUGGACAGGGCGAAGGCGGCGACCAAGCAACCUGCUCGCCAGUCAGAUCUCCCUCCCCUCCCAGAAGCUUUUCACGACCUAUACGCCUCAACCGUCCGUCACAGUGUCGUCGACGACCCAAGCCUACACCAUGGCCGAAAGAGGGCCAUUCCUCAUAUCGUGGGCAACUGGCCGUCUCACAUUUACAUUGAGUGGCAUCCCACGGCGCAAGAACACGCCGCGUUAUCCGACUUACUGACGGCCAUCCAACAUGAACAUGGCCAUUCUCAAGACCACAAGCUUCACAGCUUUCUGACAUCCGAACUGAAUGCCCCGCUGCCAUUACACAUCUCCCUCUCACGCCCCUUGGCACUCACCACCUCGACAAAAGACUCCUUUCUCGACGACCUUACCGCUUCCCUGCGUUCCUUCUCACCUUCGGCUUUCCCCUCAGCCUGUCCACCAGCAAAUCCGAGCGCCAUAUGCUCUCAUUCUUGCUCCUUCACAGUAUCGCCUACCACCCUAGCCUUCCACAGAUCUCCCGACUCGGACCGCACCUUUCUCGUCCUCCGCGUAGCGAGCAAUAUCACCACCGACAGUCCUCACGACCCCGACGUCACUACCACCGAAACCGACUCCGUUCUUACGACUGCCGCGACUAGCAUCACCUCUACACUUACUGGGACUGGGAUCAUCGGCUCAAACCCCCACCUCUGCGAUCUCCUCCGCAGGUGUAACGUCCUCGCAUCCGCCUACGGCCACCCCACCCUUUACGUCCCGCCAUCGUCCUCAGCAUCUCCCUGCAAAAUCAACACCAACAACUCCGCAUUACCAUCCUCCUCUUCGUCCCCCGCUGCAGAGGCAGAGGCCCUUCGAGCAGACCAAGCAUUCCACAUCAGCAUAGCCUGGACCUUCGCCGAACCCCCGGACGACGAGACCAGUCUGCGCACCCACCGCCUGCUGACGAGACCGCCCUUCAGCGACAUUCCGUCCUGGCGCAUCCCCGUCACGGCCGUCAAGACUAAAAUUGGGAACGUCAUCACCCACAUCCCGCUCGCUUCUCGUACAUCUUCUGUUCGGAGGAGAGCCAGGUGAUGUGAGCCCCAUAUAGCAGUGGCAAGGGCAGCACUAGAGAGAGACAUGUGCACACAAGGAGUAUAUGCAUACUGCAAGGUAAACUAGAGCCAAAUAUUGGUUUUCAAUUAUCCAUCUUCUCGUCCUCAUUUCAGUCUCUGUGUAUCACUAGAUGCAAAAAC